GUCUGAACCAGCUUUGAAUGUAAUUGGUGGGAAAUGGUCAGAUAGUUGGAUAUUACCUGUAGAUCCUGAAUUUCUCUUGCAAAGAACUGGGUACGCAUGUCUUGAUGAAAAUUCGUUUCCUAAAUAUACUGUUGAAAGUGAAAAUGUAUGGGCAUAUUACGAUGAUACCUGUAAAGCUGAACAGCCGCAACCAGUAUACGACCCUUUAGAGCUUCGUUGUCAUUAUAGCGAAUAUCCUGCAAUUUCUUGUGUUGAUGCGUUGAAUCAAAAUGUUGGUUCUGUUAAUGUGACGAUAACAUGGCAUAGAAUUCCGUUUACUGAAAAUAUAGCAAAAAAAUAUCGAUUUGGAAAACACACUUCUAAUUUACCUGAUUUGGUUGGUGUUAAUAAAAAUUUAUUGGAACAAACUCGU